UUUUCAUUUCUUUUUUGAUUUUUUACUUUUUCUCUCUCUCUCUCUUUCUCUUAUUUUUUGUUUCUUUCUUCAAUUUAAAUCAAUAAUUAAUCAUCAAUUUGUUGUUUAAUUAAUUGCCUAUUUCUUGUUUACAGUUGAAAGUAAAUUGUGUCUUGUUUUUCACUUGUUUUCUGUGUUGUCUUGAUUCUAAAUUGUUUGUUCUUCGUGAUCAGUGUUUGUUCACUUUUGUUUCUAUUUAGAAUUUCCAUCGUUUUCUUUGUUAAUUCUACAUUUAAUCAUGUCUGGUGAUACUCCUGAACCAUUGUCAACAGAACAACCUGAGAAUUCAAAUGAUUUGGAAAAGAAAAUGAAAUCAGAUUUACUUGCUAAGUGUCAUGAACCAAAAGAUUCACUGUUUAGCUCAACCAGUAAUUAUACCAACUAUAGAGGGCUACUUAAUCUCUGUAUCAUCCUUUUGAUUCUUUCAAAUUCUAGAGUUGCUCUUGAAAAUAUACUUAAAUAUGGAAUACUCGUUGAUCCCUUCCAAUGGAUAACAUUUCUCGCCGAUCCAACUGUAUUACCAUCUAUUCAAAUUAUUUUUGGACUUAAUGUUUUCAUUCUUAUCGCUUAUUGGAUAGAGAAAUUUUUAUUAUCAACCUCAUUUAUUGGUGAAGUUUCUGGGUGUAUAUUAAUCUGUGGUAAUCUAUUGGCUCUUCUGGUUCUUCCACCUUUCGUUGUUUUCAAUGGUGAUUGUCACCCUGUUGGUAGUUCAUUUGCUUUAGGACAAGUAGCCAUUGUUUGGUUGAAAUUAAUUUCCUAUCAUAUGGUUUGCUAUUGGUGUCGUUGUGAUAUUCGUAAGAAACGUAUUGAAAGUCGGGGUAAACUGAAACGUUCCCGAUCAACUCAAAUCGAGCAAACCGAUCAAUCCAAUAAAACUCAAACAAACGGCACAUUACAAGCUAAAAAUGGUGAAAUUGUCAUUCCAAAAGUUUCUUAUCCUGAUAAUCUAACCUACUAUGAUAUUUAUUACUUCAUGUUCACCCCAACACUUUGUUAUGAGCUCAAUUUUCCAAGGUCGGCACGAAUUCGUAAACGAUUUCUUCUUCGCCGUGGAUUUGAAAUGUUUUUAUUAUUUCAAUUGAUUCUUGGAUUAUGUCAACAAUGGAUGGUUCCAACGAUUCAUAAUUCAUUUAAGCCUCUCAUGGAAAUGAAUUGCAUAAAAAUGUUCGAAAGACUGUUGAAACUCGCCGUUCCAAACCUAUUGAUUUGGCUUCUAUUCUUCUAUUGGUAUUUUCAUUCUUGUUUAAAUUUUAUCGGAGAACUGUUGAGAUUUGCCGAUAGAGAAUUUUAUAGAGACUGGUGGAAUUCAGAAUCAGUAUAUUAUUUUUGGCAGAAUUGGAACAUUCCUGUUCACAAAUGGUGUUUACGGCAUUUAUAUAAACCUCUUCUUGCCCGAGGGUUAACUCGAUGUCAAGCAUCAACUGCCGUCUUCUUUGUGUCAGCAUUUUUCCACGAGUAUCUCGUCUCGAUUCCAUUGAAAAUGUUCAGAGUUUGGACUUUCUGCGGAAUGUUGUCCCAAUUACCGUUUGCCACUUUCGUCAGUCGAUACUUGAACAAUUAUCCACAAUGGGCUAACGUGGCCGUUUGGGUUUCCUUAAUUAUCGGACAACCUUUAUGCAUAUUAAUGUAUUACCAUGAUUAUUAUGUCAUGCACAAUGAUUUAUCGCCAACAACAAACUCAUCAAACAGUUAAUAUCAUCAAAAGUCAACCAAACCGUCAAAUCGUCACUGAUAAAGCUUAAAUCCAGAUAAAACAAACAAGGAUUAGGCACAAUUAACAACAAUUUGAAAGUAUAAGAAAUGAAAUAAUCUUGAACGUGUUUAGUUUUAAUCGAACAAAAUUUUCAGCUUUAUAUUUAUCAUCUUAUGGUAAAAAUUGUGUAUCGAUCUCUUUCUCUCUCUUUCUUCCUCGUUUUCGUUGAUCACUCAACGUUAAUUGGUUAAUUGUUCCGUCAACUGUGUACAUAUUGCAAUAAUUUGCAAAACUUAUCAGAAAUGAAAAAACAACCAAAAUUGUAACAUAAACAUAACACACACACACAACAUGUAAAUAAUCAACAGAAAUUAUUAUCAAUGUGUUAUCAGUGUUUACUCAUGUAGAGAUUGAAACGAGAAGAGGAAUCAAAGUGAUAAGCCUAAUUAACUUAAUCAGGCUAAACAAUUGUAGUCAAAACAAACACACAGGAUGAACAUUAACUUUGGUUGUAAAUAUAUUUACUUAUUAGAUGAUCACUGGUCAAUUUUUUUCUAAUUUUAAUUCAGUUUAAGAUGAAAUUAUAUUAUUUAUGUAACAUUAAGAGCACAAACUGUUAUUAAAAAGUGUAAAACUUAUCAAUGAAUUAAAUUAUCAAUAAUUUUAAA